UUUUCUUUCAGAUUACCUGUCUCGUGCACUACUGUCAUGGUAUAGUGACUGUUUUAUAAAAAUAACUUUUUUUUUAAAUACAUUUGCUCAAUACAAGUUACCUAUACAUACACAUUGAAUGCAAAUGUUGCCCCCGGUCUCCCCUACAGAUGUCAAACAGCCAGUGAUUGAAUCAAGGCUACUGUUUCACACUUUGACAGUCUCUCUGUCGUGCCUUUAUUCUAGUACUCUGUAUUCUAUUUGUACUUGAAGGCAUCAUGGCUUUUCCUGGAGCCCAACCUCUCUACCACGACAGGUAGGAGAGCCUUUUAUUUACCUGCCAGGCGUCACGCGCACAGGUAGGUAGUUAGGUAUAGCAGCAAACUAAAGUCUCUGAGCUCCAGGAAGGGGGUGACACAGCCAUGGCACAGUCCCAGCUCAUGUGCAUGGAGGACGGCCACAUCGGAGUGAAGGUGCCGGAGUCCAAACCAGAGUUUUACUACAGCGAGGAGCAGCGCGCGGCCGUCGAGGAGCUGCUGAAGAACGGAGACGGAGCCUUCAAGACGAGGCUGAAAGAUGACAACAUGAAGGACUUCCUGUCGGCCAGAGAGGUCAAACUGGUGCUGAACACUUUCAAGAAGUACGACGACUCGGAGGAUGACAACACCAGCAGCAGCAGGAGCAGAGCGGACUCAGGGCUCCACUCCACCUACUGGCCCCAGAUGUCGGACACAGAGGUGCCACCGCUGGAUAUCGGCUGGCCCAGCGGGGGGUUCUUCAGAGGGGUGACCCGGGUGGCUGUUCACACACACCCGCCCAAAGAAAACGGACCCCACAUCAAGGAGGUGGUGAGGCGCCUCAUCCAGGAGGCCAGCAAGGUGAUAGCGAUCGUGAUGGACUUACUCACGGACGUCCAGAUCCUGCAGGACCUGAUGGACGCGGCCAGUCGUCGCUCCGUCCCCGUUUACAUCUUGUUGGAUGACCAAGGCGUGCCACACUUCCUGGACAUCUGCUCCAGGCAGCAGAUUGGCUCACAGCACUUAAGGAACAUCCGAACCAGAACAAUUCAGGGAGUUGGCUUCGGUAUGUCCUUCGGCAGACUGCCUGGUUCACUCUGCAACAAGUACAUGAUGGUAGACGGGGACAAAGUGGUGUUCGGCUCGUACAGUUUCUCCUGGUGUACAUCUCGUAUGGAUCGGAACAUGAUCACUGUGAUGACGGGGCAGGUGGUUGACUUCUUUGACCGGGACUUCCGUGAGCUUUACGCCAUCUCUGAGAAGCUGGACCUCUACAAGGAGUUCCACGUCAGCCCACCCGCUGCUAACGCGACCGCGACAUUACGCUCCAAAGUGGGCCCCAAACGCCCGCCUCUACCGGCGACCACAUCCCGCUUCCAGGUCAGCUUAGGGGAUUCACGGAACGCGGCUAUCCAGGUGCCUGCGCACAAAUACUACAACCCAAAAUACUCACUAGCGUUCGGGGACGUCCAAAUCCAACGUCCGACAGGGUCUCUGCAGGAGCCCGGACCCAAGAGAGGGUCAGUUCUGGCUGAGGUUGCUGAGGAGAUGGACCCGGAUAGGCCACGAGUGACCACCAGUGAGAGAGUGGAACGGAGUCCGCUGCCCUCAGAAGACCCUGGCGAAAUCUUUAGGAGGCCCAACAGAGUCACGCAGGACAAGAAGGGGAAAGCCAAGUGGAUGCAGAAAUUUUCCAGUAAGAAACAAUCCAGUAAGGAAACUUUGGAUGUCAACCUGGCAGGCGGUUCGAGCUCUUUACUAAGAGAAACCAACAAGAUGGAUGAGAAUGAGGACAACUGUGACGUCAUCAUUAAAUCACCCAAACGGAGAAGUGGGAAUCCAUUUAAACUGGGCCGGAGGGCAGAAUCUGAGCAAACUGUCCACACGACACAGGACAAUGAGAGUGUUAAGAGUCGACGACGAGCAAAACCCGCUUGUACCGUGUGCUGAGGUGAACCCGCAGAGCGGACUACAUUCAUAAAAAGGAUGAACACUAACGUCACCUUUGAUUGUGCAAUACUUUAAGUGCUUUGGUCCAGCGCCUUACAGAAAGACCAAAUGAAUGUACAGUUUUUGAGGCACUGACACACAGUUUUUUUUAUAGGUUUAAGUGCCAAAUUUAAAGUCAAUAAUCAACCUGGUGGGGUGCAGAGAGGUUUAAUGAGAUAUUCACUGGUGAUUGUUUUUCUUUUUGAUUGCUCUGGACCUCUUUGAGACCAUGUGGCUGUACGGCUGAGUGCUCGCUGGAUGUAAAGUCGGUCUAACUUGUUUUUUAUUUGUGCAAACAGAAGUGGUGUUCAGGUACAAGAGACUUUAAAGGAAGCAUUGUUCUGAGGUUACAAACCAGACCAGCAGGGCACUGAUCAAAGAUGGUAAAACUCUCUCUGAGAAACCUAAAGCACGACAUUGUCAGGCCUCGAUUGAUUUCUCUGUCUGACUCCCACCAAAUAAAAGAAUAGUUUACGUAGUAGAACGUUUUUACAAAUAUCUACCAGCAUCACUCCUGUGGUGAUGAGGUACUGUGGGCUUUUAUAUGUGUUCUACAUUCUUUGUUAUUUUACAUAAUGUUUAUUUCAAUGCUGCACUUUUAAGUUGUGGGAUCUCUUCUACAAUAAAUGGGUUCAGAUGAUGAACAACUUUUAA